GUUAUUAGAACUGUGAAAUGUGAACUGUGAAAUGUUGAAAAGUGUAAACCUCCGUCAAACUGGGGCUAAACUACGACCGCCGGUUAGACCAAAACCGAAACGGAUUAUCGAAACGGGAGUUAACCAAAGAUCAACAGAAAUCAACCAGAAUCAAUCAGGAGCAAUCAACCAGAGUCAACUGAGGGAUCAAUCAGAAUUCAAUCGUAAACAGCUGAGAAAUCAAUCAGAGUUCAAACGAAAUCAAUCAGCAGCAUUCAACAGAAAUCAAUCUCGAGAUUUCAACAGAAACUCUCGAGAGGACCAACAUAACCUGAGUAGCUGUGUCUAUGAGGAAGUGUACAAUGAGCAGCCAGAGAGAGACAGUCUGAACGGACCUAUGUCGGUGACUGAGAGAGACAGAGAGAGAGACCGAGAUGCCAUACCCGACCUGGGAGCUAGCAAACCAAAUCGCCACAAGUUGAGGCCUAGUAAAACAUUCAUGGGAUUCCUGUCUUCGGGAAGGUCCGAUAUGCUGGAACAUACUGAGCCUUUCUGUUACCUGUGGGUGCUACUCAGUUCAUUGUAUGGCAAAUUAUUGAUAAUAUUGAUGAUAGCCUUCACGUUGAUUGAAUCUAUGGACAACUCAGUCAAAUUACUAUCAUUACAGGGUUUGUAUCUGAUGUACCUGUACGUCGGGAGCAUAGCGGUUAUAAUCUGCAUCUACAUCUGGGUGCUAGUGGACAGCUGUGCGUCGUUCAGUGGAGACGCCGACGUCGGAAUCACCACGUCCGUCAUCACUGACGCCGAGCUCGGAUCACUGUCACUGACGCGAUUCGGGUCGCUCAAGCGAGCGCACAUAUCGCGCGAUAAAACGUCCGCGACGAGCUUCUAUCUCAGGGUUGGAGCUUUAGCAUUUGGCUUGGGCACCCUUGUUUUUAACGGGCUUGAGAUGGCGAUGCACUCUAUGAUGGAGGGAGCCUGUCUCAACGAUGUCGUUUUUGUCCAUCCCGUUCUCCAUGGACUUUUCACAUUUCUGCAAAUGCAUUUUCUCUUCGUCAAUUCCCAGGUUCUAGUGGAGAAAUUCGGCCUGGUGGCGAGAUUCGGCUUCAUGCACCUGGCAGCGACCAACCUGGCGUUGUGGGCGCGCCUUGUCAUCUGGGAGAGCGGCAUGGAGUGGACCUACUUCGUGCACUUGGCUCAGACGGUCAACUCGGUGACGGGGCAGCACGGAGUCACCUCACGGUCGUCGUCACCCUUUGACGCGGGCAUUCCUACGCCCCUGCAACUGAAGGGGUUCCCCCGGUCGGUCACUAUGAACAGGGUGCGCAGGGAGGCUGUGGGUAGGGGUUUCAAUGCAAGCUGGGCGAUUGCUAGCGAUCUGUACAGACCGAUCUCGGAGAGUCACAUCUCGCAGGUAGUGGAGCUGCAUCAAUGCUUGAACACCAAUUCACUCGGCCAGCUGUGGACUUCGUCUAUGCCGUUCCUCUAUCCCUUCAUUGUACAGUUCAGCCUGAUAGCAGCAGGCGUCACAUACGUGAUGGGCAAAAACGUCGGACGCGACCGCAUACGCAAACUGAAGCCGGCGCACACGAAACGCGGCGUAUGCAUGCCACACACGCACGCGCACACGCACACACACCACCACCAUCACAACAACAAUAACAACAACAACAAGUGUUCAUCUAGUUGUUUGCUGGAGCCUCGCUACAACAGUGGAUCUCAAAUCGACUGCGCAGGAUCCAGCAAAGGAUUGUUCAUGGGACUGCUAUGUCUAGUUGCGGGGAUCGUUGUGAUUAUUAUAUUCUUGGUGGUGAAGGAAGAUGAAGGAUUUCCGACUGAAACUUUGUUCUGGAUGACUUCUGGGACCCUGGGAGCCAUACUUGCUAUCAGUCUUGUGAUGACUAUCAUAGGACUGGCACAAGUAAGGAAGCUGUCACACUCGGGUCGAUCACCGACACUUCUGGACAGUAUUUUGUCGAGUGUGACCUUAGCCGGGGUGCAGUUGUACAGUGUGUUCGGACUGCUAGUGGGUGCGAGCACACUGGUGACGGCUGAGAUGCACAGUCAGGAGCAACGUCAGCACAUCAUGCUGGUGAUAGUGAGUGGCCUGCAACUGUUGCAGUCAUGUGCGCAGAGCACGCUGAUUGGCGAGGCGCUGCGACGUGUGUCCAUCACUAGACAUCAGUUGCUGACGAAACCUGGGCGGCAGGUGAUAACGUUCCUGCUAUGCUGCAAUGCCACGCUGUGGGCUUUCGACUCGUUCGUCACACAGAGCUGGCUGAGUCAGGAGCUGCAGCUUCGCUUCCUCGGAGUCCUGGCUUGGGGUGUCCUCUCCAGGAUAUCUCUGCCUCUCCUCGUCUUCUACCGCUUCCACUCGGGGGUUCUCCUGCUGGAGGUCUGGCAGAGGGCCUACAGGAAUGGGCGCUUAGAUAGUGGCAAUUGACAAAGGAAGACGCGCCCCAAUAAACGGGCGAAAGGAAGAGCCGCAAAAAAACCGAAAGGUGUGUCAUCUCUGCAGACCAUCGACCGAGGUUACCAUGACCCAAGCUGGACGUAUGUGCCACCCUAUGGCCCAUCCAUGGCCCACGAUGUGCCAGCCUAUGGCCCAUUCAUGACUCAUGACCCCAUUCAUCACCCUCAAGUACACUUUACCCCCACCACGCAGAAAAAAACCCAGUCUGUGUCACAGAUGUCACAAACCGCUGUCAUCCCCUUGUCACCAGGUGUGUCACAUGGUCUAUGAGGGAACGGUCACCCAUCCAGUCAGCACACCGUUCCGCAAGGCGCCCUGGCAUUCUAACCUUCAUAUGCUUAAGUUCUAGGUUGAGCCCUGCUUUACAAUCAAUUUCUGUUCUGCUUGCUAGAGAAAGAAUAACAUUGGUUGUUAUGAGAGAAUUCACACAUCGUCAUGGAAAGAAU